AUGGGAGGAAAGAUUGUUGAGAAUGGAAUAAUGGGGUAUGGCCCAAGGGGAAUAUGUUGUGAUAAGAUAUCUUUUGGUCCACAAUUAUUUGGAGUAUAUCUUCAUGGAUUAAAAGGCGAUGCCACGAUCGAUAUUGCUAAACCAAAAUACCAAGUGCUA